AUGUACCAGUUUCUGCUUAUUGCUGCCCUGGUGCCUGCACUUGUAUUAGGCCAAACCCCAGUUCGACAGUGUCCCAACGGUGCUAGUCUCCCGGCUACGGUUGACAUUAACGGAUGCACCGGAACUCCUUGCCCAAUUCAGAAUAAUUCUCCGAUUCUCGCUCAUGGCUGGGAUAUUGUCAGUCAUGUGGACACCCCAACCUUGACGGCUUACAUCAGCGUUCGUUUGCUUGGACUGGAGAUUCCGUUCCCGAUGCCGGAAGAACUGAUUGAUGCCUGCCAGGCCGGAACUCCGCCUGGUACCUGCCCAUUGUCGGUAGGUCAGAGCUUUGACUACACUCUAGAUCAUCCCGGCAUGGAGCUGCCCGUGGUUGGAGCUACAGUUCAAGUAGAGGUCGGGCUAACUGCUGCCGAUGGUACCGAUGUUACCUGUGUGGCGUUCGAUGCACAGAUCUUACCCUAA